AAUGGGUUUUAAAAUAAGUUCUGUUAAAGUAGUAUAUUUCUUAGUCAUUUUGUGGCUUAUUGCACUUCCGGAACCAACUAUGAUAAACUUCCUUUUUUUCUACAGAAACCAUUUCAGUUUGCUAGAGGACCAUUUUUAAUCUAAAAGGAACCACCUCUUUUGCUUUCUUAGCCAAAUCACCAAAAUGUCCAGUUAGAACAAGAAUUCAGCAUCCUGCAAAAGAAGUUAUCAGCUGAGAUGGCAUUUUUUCAACACUAAAUGGAAACUUUGAAGAAUAACAUCUGUUGAUGAAGCCUUUUCUUGGCAGUGAUAAAAAGGAAACAUUCUGAAAUGGAUCCCAAAUACUUCAUCUUAAUUUUGUUUUGUGGAUACCUGAGCAAUGCAUUUUCCUCAGAGACAAAUGCAAAUGCAACAGAGUCGCAACCACAGCCUACUUUAUUUAGAUCAUCGAUGCCACAUGUCUUGGCUAAUUCUCAAAACACAACAGAGAACCCUUUGGGUCAAUCAACACAACGCAAAGACAUUUCUUCUGGACAAUCAACUGCCGAGGUUGCUGCUGGACAACCAGCAGCACAUACUUCUGCUGGACAACCACUUACCUAUAACAUCACCAGACAACCAACACCAACGGCCAACACCACCUCCCAACAAACAGCACAACCUGUGUUCACCCCCGGCAGACAGCUAGCAACACCCGCCCAUACUUCUAUCAGGCAACCGCCACCAUUGGUCUAUGGAUCCACUCAACGACCAACGUCUGUUCACACCUCUGCUAGAAAACCAGUACCACCGACUAUUCAAAAUGUAUCCAUACAACCAACACCAGCUGCCGAAACUUCACCUAGGAUUACACCAGGAUUCAUCCCAGAAGAUACUGGUGCCACACAAAUACCACAUAAAAGCAAUUCUAAUUCAAUAGCUGCCAUAAUAGUUGGUGUAAUUCUGAUUUCAAUGUUGGUAGCUAUUAUCAUGAUUGUACUAUGCAAAUGCUUGAGAAAACCAGUUUUAAAUGACCAAAACUGGGCAGGCAGAUCUCCAUUUGCUGAUGGUGAAACCCCUGAUAUAUGUUUGGAUAAUAUCAGAGAAAAUGAAGUAUCCACAAAACGUACAUCAAUUAUUUCACUUAUGGCCUGGAAGCCAGGCAAAAGCACACCUGUAACAGAUGACUUAGAAAUUAAGUUGUUUGAAUCAAGUGAAAACAUUGAUGAUUCCAACACCCUCAAAACAGAGAAAAUAAAAGAUCAAGGAAAUGGUACAUCUGAGGAAAGUGCUGGUGGAUCAACAAUUGGCACUGCCGUUUCUUCUUCAGAUGAUGCAGAUCUGCCGCCUCCUCCUCCCCUUCUUGAUUUGGAAGGACAGGAGAGUAACACAUCUGACAAACCCACAGUGACAACUGCAUCUCCUCUUCCAAAUGACUCCACCAAUCUCCCACCACCUCUGGACUGUCUCAGUCAAGUCUGUGAAGAUCAUAAUUCUGAGUACCAACAGUCACUUCCGCCUCCCCUUGACUCACCUAACUUGCCCCUGCCACCAGAUUUGAUGAAAACUCUGGAAGAUUCCAACAAUGAGAUUCAGUGUCAGGAGCUAUCUAUUCUUCCUAACUCUGAGCAAGAUCUCAAUGAAUCCCUGCCACCCCCACCUGCAGAACUGUUAUAAAUAUCACAGCCUAUUAGCUAAUUUUUCAUCCUUUUCAAAGGACUCUCUCUUUUGUUUUUCUUCAUGUGACGAAAGAUAUUAAACGGCAACUGAUAGCCAAUUUUGAUUUUUAUUCAGUAACUAGUACUUGAAAUAUGCUCAAAGCCCAUGUGCAUAGGUAAAACUUACUAUAUAUGUAUAAACAGUGAUCUAUUGACUGGCUAUAGCCUCUAACUUUAAUGUAUACUUUACAUAUGUGGAUGGGAUAUGUGUCAAUAACUUAACCCUACGUAUACUUGUUAUCACCUAAUAGUCCCCCCCCCCCCCCCCACCCCGUGAAAAGCUGUGUAUCAAGUUACCUUGAAUAAAUAAAAUUUUAUUUUUCCAUUUCAAAGUUUGA